AUGGCUUCAAGUGUUGAAAAACCAAACCAAACCACUACUCAACUAGAACCACUCCCACCAUCACCACAUCAUCACCAUCAUCAGCAUCAUCAUCAAGAUAAUCAAAUUUCAUUUGGAAUGAUGCAAUCUUCUUCAUCAACCUCUCUCCCUGGAAACUUCAUAAAUAAAGAUUCAGCUUAUGAUUUGGGUGAAUUGGAUCAAGCACUUUUUCUCUAUCUUAAUGAACAAACAGACCCAUCAAGUAUUCAAGACCAAAAACAGAAUUCAACAUCUGGAAUGAGGCCACCAACUCUUAACAUUUUUCCUUCUCAGCCUAUGCACGUAGACCCAUCAUCAUCCAAUUCAAAGGCUAACAUGGAGUUACUUUCUCAGGAAACAACUGGAUCAAGAAAACUCGACUUACCGAAACAAGUCGUAUCUGUCUCUGAACCAUCCAAAAUUGUCAAGCAGCCAGAGAGAAAUCAUGGCAAGGGUCCAACUUCAAGUUCUGAACAUGAAGGACCUAAAACACCAGAUCCCAAGACACUGAGGAGACUUGCUCAGAAUAGAGAAGCAGCUAGAAAAAGCAGGUUGAGAAAAAAGGCAUAUAUUCAGCAGCUUGAGUCAAGCAGAAUCAGGCUUAGUCAAAUGGAACAAGAGUUACAGCGUGCAAGAAAUCAAGGCAUGUUCUUUGGUGGAGGUGCAGUUUUGGGAGGAGAACAACAAAACCUUCCUAUUUCAAUGAAUAGCAUUAGCUCAGAGGCUGCAAUGUUUGAUGUGGAAUAUGCAAGAUGGCUAGAGGAGCACCACCGAUUAGUAUGCGAACUAAGAGCGGCGGUUCAAGAGCACAUUCAUGAGGAUGAGCUUAGAAUGUUUGUGGACAAAUUCUUGGCACAGUAUGAUCAACUAAUGCAUCUUAAGAGCUUAGUUGCAAAAUCAGACAUAUUCCAUCUUGUUUCUGGCAUGUGGGUGACCCCGGCCGAACGUUGCUUCUUGUGGAUUGGUGGAUUCAAGCCUUCUGAACUCAUCAAGAUUAUUGUGAGUCAAAUUGAGCCUGUAACCGAGCAACAAAUAAUGAGUAUAUACGGAUUGCAACAAUCUAUACAAGAGGGUGAAGAUGCUCUCUCACAAGGACUUGAAGCUUUCAAUCAAUCUAUUUCAGAAACUAUAACAUCAGAGUCAUUGAGCUAUCCUCCAAAUAUGACUAACUACAUGGAACAAUUGGCUAGGGCCAUGAACAAGCUUUCCACUCUUGAAAGUUUUGUUAGAGAGGCGGAUAACCUACGACACCAAACCAUUCAUCGUCUGAAUCAGAUCCUAACGACGCGACAAGCAGCAAGAUGUUUUGUUGCUAUGGCGGAGUACUUCCAUCGCAUGCGCGCGUUGAGUUCUCUCUGGUUGGCGCGCCCUCGUCAAGAAUAG